GGGAGGGGUGCAAAAACUAAUGCUUGAGAGAAACUUUUGUGUCUCCAAAGUGUAACUGUCUCACUCUCCGGCAGAAAGACAAAGUCAAGAGGGCAGGGCCUUUAUUCCGUUAGCUCAAGUUCAGACCCGACACACAGCCAACAUGUCCAGCAAACGGGCAAAAGGGAAGACGACCAAGAAGAGGCCACAGAGGGCCACUUCGAAUGUUUUCGCUAUGUUUGAUCAGUCACAGAUCCAGGAGUUCAAGGAGGCCUUUAACAUGAUCGACCAGAACCGAGACGGAUUCAUCGAUAAAGAGGACCUUCAUGACAUGUUGGCGUCUUUGGGUAAGAACCCAUCUGAUGAUUAUCUCGAGGUUAUGAUGAGUGAAGCACCAGGUCCCAUAAACUUCACAAUGUUCCUCACCAUGUUCGGAGAACGGCUGAACGGAACCGACCCGGAGGACGUGAUCAGAAACGCCUUCGCAUGCUUUGAUGAAGAAGGAUCUGGCGUUAUUCAUGAAGAUCAUCUGCGAGAGCUGUUGACCACCAUGGGUGAUCGAUUCACAGAUGAGGAGGUGGAUGAACUGUUCAGAGAGGCUCCCAUCGAUAAAAAGGGAAACUUUAACUAUGCAGAGUUCACACGCAUCCUCAAACACGGAGCCAAAGAUAAAGACGACAUGUAGACCAUCGACUAAAGCAGAACAACACGUGCCUAUAUACAUGCAUGAGCAUGCACGGGUGUAAACAGCAAUGAAGCAUGUCAUCAUGAUAAUUUAUCAAAGAAGAUACAAGUGUACGCUAUAUUUUACCCCCCCCCCCAAAAAAAAAAAUUUGGGUCAAAAAUGGACAAACCCAAUUGUUGGGUCAAAAAUAACCCUAUAACCCAACUAUGGCUUGAAACAACUUAGCAUUUGGGUUGAAAUUAAACCAACAGUUGGGUUUGUCCAUAUUUGAUCCAACUGCGGGUUGAAACAACCCAACAUUUUUAGAGUCUUGAAUCAGAUUAUGGUCAAAUGGAUGUAUGCUUUUGGCUAUUAUGAGAUUGUUUUAAACAUUAAUGUGUAAUGGUUUAAAUAUUCUACACAAAAUAAAAAGCUGGGUUAUUUUCAACCCAGUGUUUGGUCUAAAAGAGACGAACCCAAUACAUUGAGUUGUGUAUUGUGCUUUGUUGUUAACCCAAAUCAAAACAUUUUCUGGAUUUUCCAGACCAAAACUGUAGGGUUCGUCCCUUUUUGACCCAACACUGGGUUGAAAAUAACUCAGCAUUUUUUGUGUAUUACACAGCUGUGGCUAUAAAUCUUAAACUGACCCAAAUCAAAUCAGUGUUGGAGACCAAACGGAUCACAGAAAUGUCAUUUAAACAUCAUGAAUCAUGCUUCAGUUUUUAUGUUGCACAAGAAUUUUCAUGAUCUUCCUUUUAUUGCUUGAUACAGAUACAUUGAGCAUUAUAGCUGUCAGUAAACCUAUACAAAAUCUGAUCAUAUUCAUGCACAUUAUGAUGAUUUCAAUUGCAUGUUAAGUAUUGAUCUCUUGGUUAGUACUGCAGUUGUAUGCAUCAAAUGAAGCUCUGCUCUAUGAAGUGUUGUCAGGUGUGUUUGCCUGUGGCAGCUGUCAGGUGUGAUCUAUGAAGUCAUCUGUCUUAUCAACUGAAGUAUUUUAUACUGAAAUAAAGGUGUAAAGAUUGUAACU